AUGGCGGACGGUUUCAGCAAAACCGUAGCAUUUCUAGCAACUUACUGCGAAGAGCUCGUGCAGUUGCAGAAACCAACUUUGGAAUCGCUGCUCAAAAGUAAUCCUGCCAGCCAGGUCAAGGAGUGGAACGCAGCAAAAAACUUUUGGUACCGCAAGGUGGCUACAUUGGCAGCAGAGCAGCGAGAGCUAUUGGAGGACUGGGAAUUUGCUCUUUGUGACAUGUCGAGAUCGGAUGCGCAAGAAUUUUUUGCAAAGUUUGCAGCUGAAAUUGUGCAGAUGCAAAAGCAGAACUUGAGGGAUGUGGUCAUGAGCACUCAGGCAAAGAGCUACGUAGCUGUGGCUUUUCUGCCCCGUCUCCAAAGAGCUAAGAACUUACAGCUUGCUCUGCGAAGCCGGCACAUGCUACAAUUUCCGAUGUCGACUUUUGCCCGGGUAUUUUUGGAACGCUACGGUGACGAACUGGCACCAGAGCAAAUUGAAGCCAUGGCCGUGUGGGAAAAAAAGCUAUGCGAAGUGAGCGCAGCAAAACGUGAAGCAGCGAGCGCGCGUCGUGCGGCAGCAUUGGUUUGUGUACAAGAAUUUUUUGCAACGUUUGCAAAUGAAAUUGUGCAGCUGCAAAAGAAGAACUUGAGGGAUGCUGUCAUGAGCAAUCAAGCACAUAGCUAUGCAGAGUGGAUGCAGGCCCAAAACUUUUUUGUUCGUGACUUUCAUUUGCUGACAGUUGAAGAAAGCGAUUUGUUGGAAGAUUGGGAGUUGGUGCUUUGCGACACGUCGGUGGCUUUUCUGCCCCGGCUGGAGCGGAGUUUUGCCAGGGUUGCAGAAGUGGAAGGGUGGGAAUGCGAUUUGUGUGUCUCUGAGACAGAGCUUGUUGACAAGUUUCUGAGCAUGUUGCAACGUAGGGAGGCUGAUUUGAAGAUGCUUGGCGCCAGCAGCGUGGAGUGCGUGCACGAGCCUGCUGAGAGCGACAGCGAUGCGGAUCGUGUGCAGAAGACUUGGGACACCCUGAGGAACAAGUUGGAAGAGUUGUCUUUUGCCGUCCAGUAUAGCCAAGUCACGCGCAAGUCUUUGUAG